GGGGGGGGGGGGGGGGGGGGGGGUGGAGAGACAGAGCUACUAGAACUAGGGUUUGGGUUUUGGUUUGGUAAAGGAGGAGAGUUACAAAGUAGAAGAUGGACGUGGUGAAGGCGCAGCAGAUAUCGGGGCGGGCGAUCGAGAAGGUGAUCGUGCACCCGCUGGUCCUGCUGAGCAUCGUCGACAACUACAACCGGGUGGCCCGCGAUACCCGCAAGCGCGUCAUCGGCGUCCUCCUUGGCUCCUCCUUCCGCGGCACCGUCGACGUCACCAACAGCUACGCUGUGCCUUUUGAAGAAGAUGAGAAAGAUCCAAGCAUCUGGUUUCUUGACCAUAAUUACCAUGAAUCAAUGUUUGCCAUGUUCAAAAGGAUAAAUGCAAAGGAACACGUUGUUGGUUGGUAUAGCACAGGCCCAAAACUACGGGAAAACGAUUUGGAUGUUCAUGCAUUGUUCAAUGAUUAUGUUCUCAAUCCUGUAUUGGUGAUCAUCGAUGUCCAGCCGAAAGAGCUGGGAAUACCUACCAAAGCAUACUAUGCUGUUGAAGAGGUGAAAGAGAACGCCACUCAGAAAAGUCAGAAGGUGUUUGUGCAUGUGCCUUCAGAAAUAGCUGCUCAUGAAGUUGAGGAAAUUGGAGUUGAACACUUACUGAGGGAUGUGAAGGAUACAACCAUCAGCACCCUUGCAACAGAAGUUACUAGCAAACUUGCAGCCUUGAAGGGGCUGGAUGCAAGACUCCGAGAGAUACAAGGUUAUCUAGAUCUUGUAAUUGAUGGAAGGCUUCCGCUAAAUCAUGAAAUUUUGUACCAUUUGCAGGAUGUAUUCAAUCUGCUUCCCAACCUUAAUGUGAAUGAAUUAAUCAAGGCUUUUGCAGUAAAAACAAAUGAUAUGAUGCUGGUUAUAUACCUUUCUUCCCUCAUUCGGAGCGUCAUUGCACUUCACAACUUGAUAAACAACAAAAUGCUGAACAAGGAACAUGAGAAGGCCGAAGACUCAAAGGCCACCUUUGUAUCGAGUGCAGCAGGAUGCUAGAAAUCAUCUCUAUUGGUGCCAUGUUGUGGACACAUAGUAAUGGUCUUUAUAUCUAGCUCAUAGCUUGAUAUUUUGGGUACUGUUGCACAGAGAUGGUGCAACAUUUAGCACGCUUCUUAGUUUCAUUUGUUUUAGCACUAUUAGACAAAAGUUAUUUUUUUUGAUAAUAGACAUCAAGAUUUUCUCUUCUUAACGAUGAUCAUAUUUCUGAGGUUAUGUUUUGAUCCUCUAAAGCUAUCUGUCACAGUGGGUUGUAGAGGCUGUAUGCCUGGUAUCGUAAUACUUGUUGUGUUGUAUUAUGUUAAAGUUCUCUUUGAGAGUACCCAUUGCUUGCCUAAAAUGUCAUUUUGAGCUAUGGACGUC